GGGAACUUCAAUUUAUCUCCUGAUUUGCAUUUGCCGCUUAAUUUCUAUGUACGAGGUACAGACCGUGGAAUAAAAAUCCACACUUCACUAGCAGCCACGUCAAUUAGCUACCUGGCAUGCCCUCUCCAGAAAUGAAAGCAUAAUUAUGUCCCUGGACGUAUAUACCUAUUUUGCGUCUCUUCAUAUUUGUGCGUUUAUACACAGACGUGUUGCAUAUAUCCCCAAUCGCCAAAAGAUGGGUCGUGAUUUGCGUUAUGAAGCAGCUUCUGGGUGACUUUACUUAAGAAUAGGUAAAACCUUUAACGAUGGCUCAAACUCUGGGGUUCCUCGGGACAAUGGCGAAAGUGUGCAGAGCAGAAUAUUCAUCGGACAUUAAUAACUUCCUUGGAAUUGGCUUACCUAGACAGACAGACUACUAUGCUAGGAACGACUAGGUAGAUAAAUCACCAAAAUCAUCAUAUUUUUUGGAACGAUCAAUUUUAGUUACAAUUUUAGUUAUGAAUCCGCCAUAUCCAGCUCUCGCACAAUGCUCGUUGCUUUAAUUCUCCCCAGAAUUUAAGGUGUUCGUUAUUUCCUUCUAUCCUUAUCAAAUAGAACCAUCUCACCUGCUUCCUCCCUCCCUCUUUCACACUCACAUAAAUACACACACACGCACACACAACCUCUUCUCCUACCCUCAUACGACACCACGCCUUGCAGCGGAACAUUCACCUACCACACUCCAAACAUCUCAAGAGCACCGUAAUCGAUUCAUCUACGUACAGCAUGUUAAUGAAGAAAUUUGUCCGUGGUCAAUAGAGGCCAACCCUUGAAGGAUAAUUUUCACUUGUCGAGAGGAUUCCCUUUCUCCAAGCACCAACAUCUUAUACGCCAGAGACCCCUACCCUCAGGACACACUUAACCCCCUCGAAAAAACGACGAUUGUCAAACGACGAUUUGUACAUACACCACUUCUAUCCUCAUAGAACUCUACGAUCUUCACGUAACUCUACACCCCCCAACAACAUAACAUGGUGGAUGAACCAGUCGCAAAAAUCUCCCGACGAUCGACCAGAGUUUUCGCUACUGAACAAGAAGUUAUGCAGUCAGGAAACGCCAGUGUCGCAGGCGUUGCAAUGGCCCCUCAUGAGGCCAGAUACAGCAGCAGUCAAGACGAGAACGACAAGGAAAAGGACAAGAAGCACCGAGAGGCGCGAAGCUCAUCCCACCAAACCCCUCUCCAAAGUGCCGAUGUUGGAAAGGAUCUGGGUGCAUUGUUCCCUGCCAAAAUUGAGACGAUUGCAGCACAAGUGACCAAAUCGGUUGACGCUACCAAAGCUUUGGCCAAGGAGAAGCACAAGGAAAAGGACAAGGACAAGGAGAAGGAGAAGGAGAAGGAGAAGCACCAUCUUAACUUUGGCGUCAUUGCUCCAAAUGCAAUUUACCGUAGCAGCUUCCCUCAACAAGAGGACUUUGAGUAUCUAGGAACUCUCGGGUUGAAAUCUAUCGUCACCCUCGUAAAGAAAGACUUCCCUCCCGAAUUUCUCGCAUUCAUGGAGGCUCAUGGCAUACGUCAUUAUGUCAUCGAAAUGCAAGGGACCAAAAAGGUCGACAUUCCCGAGCACAUCAUGAACCAAAUCAUGAGAAUCUCUCUCGACAAGGAAAAUCAUCCAUUAUUAAUUCAUUGCAAUCAUGGCAAGCACCGCACUGGUUGUGCUGCCGCCAUCAUUCGUCACGUCUCUGGCUGGAAUGUUCAGUCUAUCGUUGAGGAAUACAAGACGUUCGCCGCACCAAAGGCUCGUGAUGUCGAUAUCAAAUACAUCACAGAGUAUCAAGUCUCGAGUCUCAGUGGUCUCGAUCGUAAUCAGUCAGUUCAGCCAUCUGUCACCAAGUAUUUCAAGAAGGCUCGUCCUCUCGCCCUUGCGAUGUUGCUUAUCUGGAUCUACUUGAACUUGAUGCGAUUCUGGUAUCACUAGCUGGCUACAUGUCAACUGAUUCUCUAUGGUGUUUGGGUAUUAUAUUGGGUGGGACUGGCAUAUUUUGGGAUAGGGUACUAGAAAGACGUCGGUUAUGCAGUGCGCGUUAAGGCCGAUGCGGAUCGGAGUUUAAAGGGUGGUAUUGGAUUACGGCCACCACGCUGCACUUACAUACUCGAGAUAGAGUACAGCAUUCUUAUAAUAUACUUCAUUGUA